AAUUGUUUUUCCACUUUAAAUACCUGGAUUCGAUUUUCAAUUGCCAGUCCACUUGCUUGAAGAUGGGUGCCAAACGCCGGGAUCUGUUUUUAUUAAUACUACUAUUGGGCAUUUUGACCAGUAGAGCAGAUGCUGCUGGAUUAAUGGAUGGACCUAGCUCAAUUAUAUCACAGGCAACAGGCAUGGCAGGCGGGCUCAUGGGGAAGGGUGGACCUACCGGGAUGCUGGAUCAGCUAGGCGGUCUGGGUGGAAUUAUGGGAGAUGGAGGACCUAUGAAAUAUCUGUCCAUGGUCAAGGGCUUAGCAGGCGGCGAUUUGGGUGGAAUUAUGGGAGGUGGUGGGCCUAUGAAAUAUCUGUCCAUGGUCAAGGACUUAGCAGGCGGCGGAUUACCCGGUCUCGGCGGCGGUGGUGGCAAAUCGGGCUUAUUUGGAAUCGGUCGUUAAUGCUGUGGAGCAAUCAGCAAACUGGAUUUUUUGUGCAGUUAAGUCUGUGAAGUUUGAAAUGUAGUUUCCUGUCAUUAGUAUUAAAGGAUUGUGUCUCAUGCGAAGCUUUUUACAUUCAACAAUAAAUUAUUUUUGCACAAUAGUACUUAAAUCACUGUAUUUGAUCUCACAACGACGCUAAAUUUUAAGUUUGAGAUAUUGUAAAAAUAAAUUAAAACUUUUAAAACGAAACCCAAGGGAAAAAUAUAUUUUAAAUACAAACGUUUUUCAUUUAAUCCUAACAUUUAGUCACCAAAAAUUCAAAUAACAAGAUUCCUAUUGUUUAGAAACCCUGUCUGCUUUAAUCAGCUCUCAAUAACCUUUUCGCUUGGAUGUCUAUUGAAUAUUUAAUUUCAAAAGAGGUUUUUCUCGCCACUUUUCGAUCGGUUAUGAUAGCAUACAUUUCACCACACAAUGCCUACUCUCUCGAAGUAUUGCCGACUGUC